UAUUGUGCGUGUCCUCAACGAUAGUUUUAUUCAUGCGAUAGCCGUUGUAAAGGCUUCUUAUUGAAAUAAAUAUUGUUUUUGUUAUCUUAACUUUUUAUAGAAAAAUUCAUUUGGAAUUUUUAUACAAAAUCAUGAGUGACUCCGAGUCUGGAUAUGUGCUCCUGGAUGGACGGCAAAGAAGCAACACAUUUUUUGCUACCGAAGAUAACACCCAUGCCAAUGUAAUACUUGAUGAUUAUAAAGAUAUUGCGGAUGUGAGAGAAGCAAUAAAAAUGCAAGGUCUUGAAACAUGCAGCCUGAUAUUUGGCAUCGACUAUACCAUCAGCAAUACGGUACAGGGCUACAAGACAUUUCAAGGAAAGAAUUUACACUCGAUUUCGAAUGACUUUCUAAAUCCAUACCAACAGGUAAUUUGCAUCCUUGGUGAAACACUGGCGCCUUUGAAUGUAAAUGGCGUAUUCCCUGCAUAUGGGUUUGGUGAUUCUAAGUGUAAAGACAAAACUGUUUUUGAACUCAAACCUGGGGAAAAGUGCGAAUGUUUCAGUGAUGUGCUAGAUGCAUACAACAAAGUGACACCAACAAUAAAACUUGGAGAACCAACCGACUUUGCCCCAUUGAUAUUUACAGCUAUUGAGAUAGUUAAAGAAACAAAUGAGUAUCACAUUCUAGUUAUUGUUGCAGACGGCCAACUCGCGUAUGAUACGCCUACGAAAACUGCUCUAAUAGAAGCUUCACACUACCCGCUUUCCAUAAUUGUUGUAGGGGUAGGCGACGGACCGUGGGGAUCCAUGAAGACGUUUGAUGAUGGUCUAAAAGAGAGACAGUUUGAUAAUUUCCAGUUUGUAAACUUCCAUGAAGUGAUGAAAGACGCUGCAAAUCCAGAGGCUUCAUUUGCAUUACAUGCUUUGAUGGAAAUACCAGAACAAUACAGAUACCUCAAACAGAAAGGACUUGUUCAGUAACAAACUGAAACAAACUAUACGGAACCUCUUACACAUAAAGCGGUUGCAUUUGACGUAUAUACGGAGCUUAAGUGUUUUUCUAUUCGAAUAUGUACACUAUGAUCAAAACCCUUAUUUUGCUUGGCUUUGAAACUACCUUUACACGUCUAACUGAAAGCAAAUAACGUCUGAAUACAUAAUAUAAUUAAGCACAAUAUAAAUAAAUUCUAAAUGGUUACUUGAUGAGACAGAACAUAUAAAACACAGACAGCCAAUACCUGACGUUGUACCAACGUUGGCUAUUUUGGAGUCAUAACCACGACGUAAGAUUUUGGUUAUGGCAUAUUAAUUGUAGUUUAAAAAUAUCAAGCAGGUCAUGAAAAUACGCUAAAUUCUUGUAAAUAAUAUUUCAUUAGUACACUGAAAAUUGUAACUGAUGAUUUUAAUGGAAUUGCGUUAUUGACUAUUUUCUAAAUUUGCGUAAACAGAUCAUUUCUUUCAAAUACUCAAAACUGUUCCAGAAUGUAUGCACGUUGAUUCAUCAGUGCAUUUAUAACAUAACUUUAUUGAUAUAUUUAUAUGUUAUAAAUGAUAUAAUAUUUUUUUCUGACGAAUUCAACACAGUGAUUGAAAGAGAUAGAUUGUUCUUAUUUACCUCGAAAUACAUGAAUAAGAAUAUAUCUACAUACAUUUAUGAAUUUACAGAUUUUAGAAUUCGAAACGAAAACGACUAAAUAAAAGGAAUACUUCAUUUGAAUUAUCUCAAAAUUUUUAUUUUAACAAUAAACGGGAAUCGUGGUUGACGUCUGGUAUGUGAGAAUAAUCGGACAUACGUUGAAUGAUAUACAGUAGAUCUUCGUUCGCUCUAACUCGACGGGACAAACAAAAUUUGUUCGAGUUAUCGGUAGUUCGAGCCAUCGAAAAGUAUACAUUAUAUAGAUAUUUUGCCGGGACCUGACAAUGAGUUCGAGUGAAGAAUGGUGAACUAAUUAUCGAAUGAACGAAGUUUGACUGUAAAGAUAAGAUGUCGAAACGGAACCCUAGAACUUGAACUUAGGCGCAUUUAACUGCUUUUCAGAAAUUCCUGUGUCCGUCUGCUCUGUGCAGCCUGCUUUCGUCUUGUGGUGGUGCGAGCUAUAAUAAACAAAUAGUAUACAUAAAUUACUAUAUCCCGGAUAAGUGAUUUAGCACAAGUUUUGUCUUAAACACCUUAAAUCAAAUUUUUCUUACAUGUUCCUGUAGAACAUAUUGAAAAUUUCGUAUAAGAUGUCAAGCUCAUAUUAAAUGGUUGUUGGAUUAUGCAUUUCGUUGUUGAAUGGGAUUCAAGUAAACAUCUCUUCUUAUCAACUCUUUGUCAAUUACGGACUUUGUCAAUUAUUUUUCAUAAAUACCCGCCGUAUCAUUAUGAUCAAUAUCUAUAUGUACAUUAAUACAAAUAUAUUCUAUAUUUGCGCUUUUUGUCACGUUGAUGUUCGCGUCCAAACGGACGUGACGUCGUUUGUAUUGUACGUUUUUUUUCUGACGAAGACAUAAAAGCCGAAACUAGUAAAGAAUGUGUUGUCUUGGUAAUUUUAAAUCCUUUUGAUCAAUUACGGAAAACAAAUUCACUGCAGAAAUUCGGGUGUCAUUAUUGCACAGCUAAGUGCCUGUAUGCAGUAAGGAUCACCACCUGCAUGAGCUAACGAUUUGUUUUCUCUCUUCGGUUACGUUUGUCCGAUCAUCACAGUAACGGAUAAAGACAGGAAAUAUCCUCACGAAUAUAUGAGGGUGCAACGGAUACAAUUAGCGAACCGCAUAACAUUUGAAAAACAAGAAAUAUCUUUAAAAAUGAUGGUCGGCGAAUUGUAAUAAGGAAAGAACCCUUAUUCAUGUGAUACGCAGACCGUAUUCAGCUCUUUCUUUAAUUUGAUAUAUGUUGGUAUUUGAACAGGUUUUUAUCAUAUUCAUUAAACUUACUUAUCAUUUUGAGAUAUAUCAAUAUUCUUGCUAAAUAUACUGAGCCAAAGUUAGCUUUAAAACUGUGAACAGCGUCGUUUAGGAUAAACACUUUGUCUACAUUUCACUCAGCGUAGCACAAUCAACAGAGUGAAAGAAAUUGACACUCUCGUCCAAUCAGGAGGAGUGUUGCAUAAAUCUUCCAUUGUUUGAUAAAUUAUCUAUAAUGCGUUAUCAAGUAGUUUGAUUUGCAAACUGAAGUCACGUGGCAUAGGUAACGAAAACGAAUUUAGACGGCGUCGCCGAAUAAGUUGAAGUAAAUAUUACUAUAAUGUAUACCUGCUCGUAAUAUAACCUCAACUCCUAAUAUUUCUGUUGAGAUUCGAAUAAAGCAUUUUUGUACUGUACGUUUAUGUAAUAUAGGGCAUUUGCUUUGAUCUUUAUGUUAUAUGUAGGUCAGACAACACAUAAUAAGAACGAACAGAAACGUUAUAGAUUUUAUUUCAUUAUUUCUCACAGUUUCGAGUUAUACAGAAAGUCUUUAUUAAGCAAUGGAGUUAUCAAGUUAUUUUAGAAUGCCAUUUUACCUACCACACACGGAGCAAAGAUUCAAUAAAAAUAGUGAAAUUAUUUUAUCGCCAGUGAGAUAUCUCUGUUUAUUUUCUUAUAUUAAACCCUGUCAAUGUCUUUGUUCCUGUGUAAACAAAAUGUUUCGUUUCAUCCAGAUAAGAAUGUUAAAGAAGACUUUAAUUAUCUUUAUUAUACGUCAUUCCUACAUGUUUUUGAUUGAAUAAAAAAGAAACAAAGAAAAAAAUGUUAUCUACUUAGGUCAUUCAAUAUUUUAAAGAGCAUUGUAUACAUU